UCCCUCCCAGCCUCCGCCUAUGAUUUUUUUCAGCUCCCACGAUUGCUGGAGCGAACUUUAAAUUUUUCUGCCCCCCCAGCAACGGCCAUAAUUUGAAGCCACAAUCCGUCUCGUAUAUAGAUAUCGAAAAAGUUUCGCCAUCAAUUUACACCACUUGUUGAUAUUAUUCUUCAUCAGCAAAUACUAUAUCAUGGCUGAAACUAUCUUGGUGACUGGUGGUACUGGUCAAAUUGGUGCUUUCAUCGUAAUUCAAUUAUUAGAAGCUGGGAAAUAUAAAGUUAGAACUACCGUUAGAAAUGAUUCAAAAUCUAAAUUCUUAGUGAAAUUAUUGAAAGAUAAUAGUUCAAAAAUCACUGAUGAAGUGAUUAAGAACAAUCUUACUAUUUUCCAAGCUGAUUUAAAUAGUGAUGAAGGUUGGGAUAAAGCCAUUGAUGGUUCUGAUUAUGUUUUACAUGUUGCUUCACCUGUUAUAUCAGUUGAUCCAACAGAUUAUAAUGAAGUUAUCAUUCCAGCUCGUGAUGGUACACUUAGAGUAACUAAAUUGUCCCAUAAGUAUGGAAUUAAGAAAUUAAUCUUUACAUCUUCAUUUGCAACUGUUGGAUUUGGUCAUCCUUCUUCCAAGACAAUAUUUGAUGAAUCUGAUUAUUCUCCAUUAGAAACUGCUCAAGGUGCUUAUGUUAAAUCAAAAAUUGAGGCUGAAAGAGCGUUUUGGGAAUUCAUCAAUAGUGAUGAAAAUAAAAAAUCAGCUAAGCCCUUGAUUGCAAGUGCAUUGUUACCAGUCGGAGUGUUUGGUCCUGUUCUUAAGGGAUUCCCCGUUCAAUCAUCUAUUGAAAUUACGACAAGAUUAAUUAGUGGUGAAAUGAAAUUUGGAGCUCCAAACAUUUAUUUAGGUGUGGUUGAUGUUAGAGAUGUAGCCAAAUUACAUAUUGAAGCCAUUACAAAUGAAAAGGUUAAUGGAGAAAGAAUUAUUCUUAUUGGACAAAAGGAAGCUAUUUCAUUACUUCAAUUUGCAGAUUAUGUUAAAGAUAUUCCAGGUGUUAACCGUAAUAAUUUACCAAUUAGAAACAUCCCAUCUUUCAUCAUUAGAUUUGUAGCAUUAUUCUUACAAGAUGCUAAAGAUGUUGUACCAUAUUUAGAUGUUAAUCCUGUGGCUAAUAAUGAUAAAGCAGUUAAAAUCUUUAAUUGGAAACCAAUUGACAUUAAAGAAAGUAUAAUUGAAAAUGUUAAGGGAGUAGUUAGAGAACAUUCAUAGACUUGUUAGUUAUAGUGUUUAUAUGUCACUAUGGAUCUAAAUAUUUACGUAGUUAUACGUCUUAUUAUAUACAGUACAAUGGGACCCUGCCGCAUUUGGCAAAAAUAUUGGAGACACAGUAAAGUAAAAGUUUUGACCAGCGCACAGCACAG